AUGCGGAUGCUGUACCUGCUUCUCCCCUUCAUCCUCCUGUUGGUCCACAGUGCUGCAGGAUCCUCCCUGGCCCCAGGAAAUAAGGAAGAAUGCAAGCGAGAAAACGGCUACUGUGGGUUUCUGAAGUGCUCUUUCCCCUAUGGCAUCCAGGGAAAAUGUUCAAGGUUUUUCUUUUGCUGCAAAAACCCUGUGAAGACGUGGGAGUGGUGGAUCAGCCAUGAAGAUCCUCACCUGGGGUUGAGACCCUGAAAUGUCCCAGCAGGACGUCCCCCUCGCUUCUGGCUCCUGGAACCAUCUCCUGAUGUCCUCUCCCCUCCCUGCCUCUGCCAUGCCCAGAAACACAAAGCGAAUUCAAGUGCCUACUAA